UCCGUGACCAUGAUUACUGCUCAACCCCUGAACCAGCUACACUGGACAUGUCCUCUCAAGCUACAGAAGACAACUCCAAAAGAGUGGAGGAUCUGCAGAAGCAACUGCAGGAGUUAAGAGUCCAGCAACAGUUUUGCUUACAGCGGUUUGCUGGCUCCGACGACAACAUCCGAUUCUAUACCAGAUUCCCGAGCUAUAACCACCUGAUGGCCUUCUGGUUUUUGAUUGAGCCUCCAUUUAUAAAAUGGUUCGUGUUACAAGAGCGAUAUCAGCUGCCAAGAGGAAUGAAGAAGUGGUUACACACGCACGUCCAUCAACGACAGCUGCUUCAGCCAAUUGACGAGUUCUUCCUUUUUCUCUGCUUCCUGUCGGUGGGUUUGAAAGAGAGGCACCUUGCAAACCGCUUCAACGUACACCAGUCCACUGUGAGCCGCAUCAUUGCAACAUGGACGAGUUUUCUUACAACUUUAUUGGGGUCACAGUGCAUCUGGCUUACACCUGCAGAAGUUCAAGCCCACCUCCCAGAGGCAUUCAAAGAUUUCCCAGACACACAGGUGAUCCUGGAUUGCACAGAGCUGAGGUGUCAAACACCAUCCUCACUCCUCCUCCAAAGUGAAAUGUAUUCUACAUACAAAUCUCACUGCACCAUAAAAGCCCUGGUUGGCAUAGCCCCACAUGGCGCAGUGACAUUUGUUUCCAGUCUGUAUGGUGGUUCUGUCAGCGACAAGGAGAUUUUCAAACAGUCUGGAAUAGCUGCGUUGUUGACUGAAAACAUGGCAGUGAUGGUAGAUAAGGGCUUCCUGAUCAGCGAUUGCUGCAAAUGCAAGGUGUACUGCCCACCUUUUCUGUCAAAGCAGAAGCAAAUGCCAGCCUAUCAGGUGAGGGAGACACAGGCCAUUGCCAGACUGAGGGUUCAUGUGGAGCGUGUCAUUAGGAGGAUAAAAGAGAACAAACUUUUUGAUGGUGUCAUCCUCCUGUCCCAUGCCUACAACAUCAACUAACUGUUUGCAUGUAUGCUGUCAAACUAUCAGAACAAAGCACUGGUCAAGAAAUGGGUGAAAUAAGACAAGAUGAUGACACCUGUGCAGGUAGCUGUGAUUAAGCUGGGUGAGCACACCGUAAUCCCGUGUUGCCUAACACACGAUAGUGUUUUGUUUGAAUAAAUGGUAAAUAGCUAA